AUGCUUACCAAAUGGAGAAGAGGAAAUAAAGCUACAGACGACUUGGUAGUGGUCAUGGAGCUGGAAUUUUCGGCGAGGCGGAAAAGUUCCACGACCGGAUACAGAAGAAACCGGAACUGGAAGUGUGUAAAAGAGUUUGUUAUGAAACCAAAACAUUUAGUACCUAUAUUUCCAACAAGUUUUUAUGGAAGAAAGUAUCGUCGUUUAGAUGUUGCUUUACAAGAUGAUGCUACAGCAACUAUUGAACAUGAAUUAGACACUGUUAUUAUACCACCCGAUGCUGACCCACAGACCGAUGAAGAGGAAUUGGACAAAAAUAAUUUAGAAGUUGUCAAAUAUAUAUUUUCUAUAGUCGUGAUCGGUGAAAUCGAGUUGCAGCAUAUAAACCGCAGUAAUGAAAAAGAAAGUGAGGACGAAGACAGCUUGUCACUGUUUAAAAGAUUAAACAACUUACAAUCAAAACGAACCAAAAAAAUAAGUCAAAAAUGGACUAAAAAUAUUGUUGACACUAUGAAGCUAGAAACUAGAAAUUCUGUAAUUUUCGAGCAGUCGAAAAGGGCUAACCACGGUUUUAAUGCUAGUGACUUUGACCCAUAUAUAACUGAUGAGAAUUCUGAUUAUGAACCCCCAAGUGUACCCCACCUUAACGUUAAUCAGAGCCAGCAUGUUAAUGAAUUAUUAGAGAAUAAUACUUCAGACAGUGCUCAUGUUACUCCUAAAAGAACGAGAAAGAAAAGGUUGAAUAUUAAAGGCCAUAAAAAACAAAUUAGGAAAAAUGCGAGACUGCAGGGUUUGGAAUAUGAGACUGCAAAGGGGAAAAAGGUUAUGCAAAAGGAAUUGAAAGUCUAUGAACACAGAUGUAGAUAUAAAUGUCAUGAAAUAAACGAAGCAGAUAGACAGAUGUUGUUCACAAGAUUUUAUCAACUCAAGUCUUAUGAUUUACAAACCAACUUCAUCGCCUCAUAUAUUUCAAAGAUUGCUCCCAAACGAAAAAUAGCCCAGGCAGUAUCGCAUAAACAGUUUAGCACCAUAAUUAAACUGAUGGGUGUUAGAGUAUGCAAACCAUUCUUCUUAAAAACUCUAGAUAUUACUACUAGAAGAUUUUUAAUAGUUGGUAAUAAGAAAACAGAUGAAGGUUUUAUUGAAACGGAUCAACGCGGACGCUUCUCACCUAUAAAUAAAAUUAGUGAUGUCGUGCGAGAUGAUGUCACCCACAUUAAAAUGUUUCCUCGAUAUCGAAGUCACUAUUCUCGACUUGACAAUCGCUGCAGCAGGUGCCUUCCAGAAAAUCUUAAUGUUAGCAAAAUGUACUCCCUUUAUAGUGAUUGGUGCACAGAAAAAAAUAAGGCCAAAGUAAAAGAGUCAUAUUAUCGACAUAUUUUCGCCACAGAAUUCAACUUAAAAUUUUAUAGGCCUCAUUCAGACACCUGCCAUACAUGUGACAAGUUGAAUAAUAUGAGUAUAAGUGACGAUUCAGACGCUACUGAGACAUGGACUCCGAUCAACCAUAAUAAUGGUUGCAAUAAGAUUGAAAGCAGUGAAGAAAAUAUCUCCCUUUCUGCUGCCCAUAUACUUAUAAGGCAAAAAAUGGAUAAAGGAAACCAAACUGAGACAAAUACUGAAAUACCAGGAAAUGUACCUGUUAUUGACAAUGAAACAUAUGCGGAUUUACAUUUUCGAGACCAAAACAAGACAAGAAAACAAAAAAGCAAUACCACACGCUGGAAGUCAGCUCAAGCCAAAGAUAACCGUAAUUAUGGGAAGUCAUACACAAAUUCUAAAGGAAAUCAAGUAGCUAGUAGAAGUAUUAAGUCACCUUGUAAUGAAGAAAAAUUUAGUGUAGAUUAA